GCAUCACUAUUGUAGAUAUUCAAUCCAUUUAUCAGGAAAGUUGUAUAACACCAGGACCAUGGAAACAUGAUUUCAUGUCACAUGAUAAACAGGUAUUGACCAUUGGCAGAAUUUGUGCUAAUCGUACCAGAAUUUAUCAUAAACUGAAACAUUUUAAAUUCAAGCUUUACCAGGAAUGUUGCUCCAUUGCAAAGACAGAAGAAGUUGGAGAGGAACAAGUUAAGGAAAUGGUGGAAAGAAUUUUCAGGCAGUCAAAAGAAAGUGAAUUAAAAAGAAAUAUGGUCAACUGGAAGAAUAUCUCAAUUUUGCAGAUUACUUUCAAGAGGAAAAGUUUGACUGAAUUGUAACAAAUUUCCUUCAGAGAAGAUUUUAUAAAUUCUUGUUAAGCGGAGCAAUACAAGAGAUAGAACCACAUUGCUUAUUGCGAGUCCAGACCCUCAGAUCCACUGGCCGGGAAUGGAAUGUACAAAAGUGGACAGAAAAGUGUCUGGACAUGACUCGGUGCAAUUUGCUGGAAGUUUGUAAGUUUGACCAUCGUUUGUAAAUUACUCUCGGAAGAGUUUGUGUCUCUUGAUACUGUAUUAGAAUAGAGCCGGGGGUGAGGCGAAGAAACGUAAGCGGGAAAGAAAAAAUGUGUUGAAGGAUCUCUCUCAGUGGCUAGCGACUUCAGAUUGGUUUCAUUUAAGGCUAGGAAACCUUAGAGGGAAUGAGGGUUUUACCGGUGAUUGGAUUAACCGAAGAAAAAAGCCUGGUCCCAAAGUCCAAUUACUGACAUUGUUAACAAUUGAAAAGCUGUCUCCCUCUUUGAGGAGAAGACAAGAUUCUACAGUAUCCCAAAGAGGAGAAAGCACCGGGAGCAAAGGGGAAGGGGAGGAAAAAUUAAAAGCCAAAAGACAGCUUCUCUUGAUUUUUGCACGUUUUGAACAUUGACUUGGAAAAUCUGAAGCAGCACAAUUUUUUUUUUUACUCUAAGAAAAAGUAAAGGGUUCUAUAGACGAUGGUAGAAAUGUUUUUCUCCGCGGAAACAUCCCCGUAAAGAAUUUUCUGAAACAAGUAGGUGAGGGGGAGUCCAGCUCUCUAUUAAUACCUCUCUCAAUUCCCUUUCCUGUCUGUUUCUGUCUCUCCCUUGACAAUUCCUGAAUUCUUGAUCUAACCCCCAGAUCGUGUGUUUACAAAGCUCCUAGUGGCCCUUGUCAGCCUGGUGGGGGAAAAAAUCCACUAACUCUGUCCAACUUCUCCAGAGCUGUCAAACGAAAUUAGAGUAAAUUGAUCAGGGUUUGUUUCCAGCUUGUCCUCCCCAGAGGGUUUCUGUUCUUUCUCCCCACCCUUUUUUUACUAGCUCCCCUCCCCCACACCUUCUCUACUGCUACCCCAACCUCUGAAGACCUCUAUUCAUGUGGCCUUGAACACUGAGCUCACAUUGUCAAAACCAGAUUUGCCUGCAAUAACCAGAAGUAGCCUCCUUCCACCUCAUCAUCCCAGAGGCAGCAAUCAUUGUGUCCAGUAAGAUGGGGGACACAGCGCCCCCACAGGCCCCCGCAGGAGGGUUAGGGGGGGCCCCUGGGGCGGGGCUCCUUGGAGGGGGCUCAGUCACCCCGAGAGUGCACAGUGCUAUCGUGGAGCGCCUCCGAGCUCGGAUCGCCGUCUGCCGCCAGCACCACCUGAGCUGUGAAGGACGCUACGAACGUGGCCGGGCUGAAAGCUCAGACCGGGAAAGAGAGAGCACCUUGCAGCUCCUGAGCCUUGUACAGCAUGGUCAGGGGGCAAGGAAGGCUGGCAAACACACCAAGGCCACCGCCACCGCUGCCACCACGACAGCCCCUCCACCACCCCCUGCUGCCCCACCUCCGGCCUCCCAAGCGGUAGCAGCAGCCCCACCGCCCCCACCAGACUAUCACCAUCACCACCAGCACCUGCUGAACAGUAGCAGUAAUGGCGGUGGUGGGAUCAAUGGGGAGCAGCAGCCACCAACUUCAACUCCCACGGACCAGAGGAACUCAGCCCUGAUUGCGCUUCAAGGUUCCUUGAAAAGAAAACAGGUAGUUAACCUGUCUCCUGCCAACAGCAAGAGGCCCAAUGGCUUUGUGGACAACUCAUUCCUUGAUGUCAAGAGAAUCCGAGUGGGGGAAAACCUUUCUGCAGGACAAGGUGGUCUCCAAGUAAACAGUGGACAAAAUCAGAUUCUGUCAGGGACCUUGCCUAUGAGCCAAGCACCCCUGAGAAAGACUAACACUCUGCCACCCAAUACACAUUCUCCUGGCAAUGGUAUGUUUAACAUGGGCUUAAAGGAGGUGAAGAAGGAACCAGGAGAGACUCUGUCUUGCAGUAAGCACAUGGAUGGCCAAAUGACCCAGGAGAACAUUUUUUCUAAUAGGUAUGGAGAUGACCCUGGAGAACAAUUGAUGGAUCCUGAGCUACAGGAACUGUUCAAUGAGCUGACCAACAUAUCUGUGCCUCCCAUGAGUGACCUUGAGCUGGAGAACAUGAUCAAUGCCACCAUUAAGCAGGAUGACCCAUUUAACAUUGACUUGGGUCAGCAAAGCCAGAGGAGCACACCCAGGCCCUCCCUGCCCAUGGAGAAGAUAGUGAUCAAAAGUGAAUACUCACCUGGCCUGACCCAGGGCCCCUCGGGCUCUCCUCAACUGAGGCCCCCAUCAGCUGGCCCCACCUUUUCCAUGGCCAACGCUGCCCUUUCCGCUUCCUCCCCAAUCCCUUCAGUCCCUCCAAACCCGGCUCAGCCUCAGACAGUCUCAGGAGCAAGCCGGGCCCUGCCCAACUGGCAGGAAGUAUCCCAUGCUCAGCAGCUCAAGCAGAUAGCUGCCAAUCGUCAGCAGCAUGCCCGGAUGCACCAGCCACAGCAUCAGCCUACCAACUGGUCAACCUUGCCCUCUUCUGCUGGGCCAUCCCCAGGUCCAUUUGGGCAGGAGAAAAUCCCCAGCCCUUCUUUUGGCCAGCAGCCAUUCAGCCCACAGAGCUCCUCCAUGCCUGGGGUAGCCGGCGGCAGCAGCCAGCCAAAAGUGAUGGCUAACUACAUGUACAAGUCCAGCCCUUCGGCCCAGGGUGGGCACCUGGAUGUGCUCAUGCAGCAGAAGCCUCAGGAUCUCAGUCGAAGUUUUAUUAACAACCCACACCCAGCCAUGGAGCCCCGUCAUGGCAACACCAAGCCUUUGUUCCAUUUUAAUUCUGAUCAGGCAAACCAGCAGAUACCUUCGGUUUUGCCUUCGCAGAACAAGCCUGCUCUCCUACACUACACGCAGCAGCAGCAGCAGCAGCAGCAGCAGCAGCAGCAGCAGCAACAGCAGCAGCAAAGCUCAAUUUCAGUCCAGCAGCAGCAGCAGCAGCAGCAACAACAGCAGCAGCAGCAGCAGCAGCAGCAGCCGCCACAGCAGCCACCACCCCAGCCCACCCAACCUCUAUCAAGCCAGGCUUUGCUGAGGUCACCCUUACCGCUUCAGCAGAAGAUCCUGCUUCAGAAAAUGCAGAAUCAGCCCAUCACAGGACUGGGGUACCAAGUUUCCCAACAACAGAGACAGGAUCAACAUUCUGUGGUAGGCCAGAAUACGGGCCCCAGUCCAAGUCCCAACCCCUGCUCGAAUCCAAACACUGGAAGUGGUUACAUGAACUCCCAGCAAUCACUGUUGAAUCAGCAAUUGAUGGGAAAGAAACAGACUCUACAGAGACAGAUCAUGGAGCAGAAACAGCAACUUCUUCUUCAGCAGCAGAUGCUGGUGGACUCGGAGAAAAUUGUUCCACAAGAUCAGAUAAACAGACACUUGACAAGGCCACCCCCAGAUUAUAAAGACCAAAGAAGAAAUGUGGGCAGUAUGCAACCAACUGCUCAGUAUUCUGGUGGUUCAACAACAGUGAGUUUAAACUCUAGCCAGGCUCUGGCAAGCCCAGUUUCAACACACAGCAUUUUAACUCCAAAUUCCAACCUCAUGUCUACUUCCCAUGGGACAAGAAUGCCAUCGUUAGCCACAGCAGUUCAGAAUAUAGGGAUGUAUGGAAAUCUGCCUUGUAACCAACCUGGCACAUACAGCGUCACUUCAGGAAUGAAUCAGUUGACCCAACAAAGAAACCCAAACCAAUUGCUAGCAAAUCAGAACAACCCUCUGAUGCCACGCCCACCUACCUUAGGGCCAAAUAAUAAUAACAGUGUGGCUACUUUUGGAGCUGCAUCUGUUGGCAGUCCACAACAAUCGAGACCAAACUUAACCCACAGUAUAACAAGCAUGCCGGCACAGAGAACAUCGAAUGUAAUGAUCACAGCCAACACAACAGCUCCAAACUGGGCCGCUCAAGAAGCAACAACCAAACAGCAGGAAGCCCUGAAGUCCACGGGAGUCCGUUUUCCCACAGGUACAUCUGUAGCCUAUGCUCCAAACCAGUCACUUCAACAAGCAGUAGGUGGCCAGCAAUUUCCCCAGAGGGCAGUGGCUCCUCCUAACCAGUUAACACAGGCAGUGCAAAUGAGACCCAUGAACCAAAUAAGCCAAACAUUAAACGGACAAACACUGGGUCCUCUCAGAGGUCUGAAUCUCAGACCCAACCAGCUAAGUGCACAGAUUUUGCCUAAUUUGAACCAGGCAGGAACAGGUUUGAAUCAGUCAAGGACAGGCAUGAGCCAACCACCGUCGCUGACAACCGGCAAUUUUCCCUCACCCAACCAAAGUUCCAGGGCUUUUCAAGGAACCGACCAUGGCAGCGAUUUAGCUUUUGACUUCCUCAGCCAACAGACGGAUGCCAUGGGCCCUGCCCUAAACAGUGAUGCCGAUUUCAUCGACUCUUUAUUGAAGACAGAGCCUGGUAAUGAUGACUGGAUGAAAGACAUCAAUCUCGAUGAAAUCUUGGGGAACAACUCCUGAAAGAGAAAAGGGAGACAGUUCACAAACCGCAAGCACUAAAAGGCAGUAUUUUACAAGGACUCUGUAAAGGCCAAAUUGUUGACUUCAAAGUCACGUGGACUACACGAAGAUACUGUGGCUCAAAAAUGGAAAGCAAAAAGUAACUGCAGUGGUGAACAUUUUGGUCCAAAGGCUUGUUGUAAAUCUCAAACCAGAAAGUAAAACAUUGGGAUCACUUUUCCUUGUUUAAACUCCAGGACAUAGUAUCCAAUUUAUUCAAACAGAACUGUGAUGUUGAUGUGUAAUUAAUUGUGUAAAAUAGGCUCCCCAAACCCCUUUUCUCUCUGAAAGAAAAGUAAUAGAACUUGUAACUCGUUUAAACCUCAUGUCAUGCAGAGGUACUAGUUCCAAGCAACAAGCAACAAAUUCCUAACUCUCUCUAACAGAUGCAAGUGUGGUUUAAUCUUUCCACUCUGUUUUUUUUUUUUUUUAAAUCAAUUUUUCUAAAGCUUCCAGGGUAGAUUGAAAUGUUAUAGGUUUGUUUUAGUAACCAGUGUCCUAAGUAAGGAGAUCUGGAAAGCCUAGGGAGCAUCUGGUGGAUGACGGAAUUUCUUCCCUCACUUUUUCUGUUUUCCCAGAUAUCAGUGGGAUGUUGUGUCUGGUAAUGAAACUACAAUGUAGAGCUGAGCUGUGCAACUUUAUUUGGGCUUCCAUAACCAAUUUCUGAAUCCAUUCCCAAGUUUUAGACAUAACCAAGACCUGUCCUAAUCAUAAAUGAAAUAUUGUUGCUUGCCUGUCUGCAUCAGGUUUCACUAUUGUUUUAUGAAAAACACCCCAACCCCAUUGGACAUUGUUAUAUACGAGAUUUAUUUGGCUUACACAAAUAACAUGGGGUGCUGUUUAUUGUGAUGAUGCCCGCUAGUUAGUUCCCAAGCUGAGUGAAAUUGAGCCUUGUUCUCCCUACUUCUUUUGAUAACCAGAGACUGAUUGCAAGAAAACAGAGUUUGGAGACCCAAACUGAGAUUAGAAGGUAUCAAUAUCACAUUUUGGUUGGAGAUAAGAAGCAAAAGAACCACAGGUGGAGAGUGGGGCUAGUUAAAAAUCUAUUUCAUAGGGUUUGAAGGAAAGUAUAACUGAGAGGGAAAAUAAGCUGUCUUUCUCUAGACAUGUUAUUCGGGUAAUCACCUAAAUAGAACGUUCUCUGUUCGUAGCAGUCUGUUCACUAUUCUGUCCUUGAUGUGAUGAAUCACUGCCAGAUGCUAGAUGGAUCCUUCACAUCCAGGUUUUCUCCCUCCGGGGUGAGCACUGAGAGAGCUUUCUUGAGUCAUUUAGUCUCAGUGCCCAAUACAGAUGACCUGUAAAAUGGGGGAUCCGUGUGCUGAUUUAGGAUGGAUGCAAAAUAUCAUUUUCUUCAUUACAGAGGAGCAGUGGUUAUCUUCAUCCUUUUUAGUUAGACACUUACAUAUUCAACACAAAAUGUAAUUUAACUGAAGUUGUUGGAGAACUAAGUUGUUAAAUAUCUGUUCAAAAUAGGAACACAUUUGGAAAGUUCUGCAAAGCCCCUCCCGAUCUUCAAUAUAUCUAGAAGCACUGUCCUCCUUUUACACAAUACCAACAUCACUGGCCCAGAAUCUUUUCUGGGCUAGGUUGUAAAUAUAAUUACUUGUUUUGUAAACUUUUGUAAAGAAUAUUUUGGUAGAAAUACUUAAAACAUAUUCUUUGGGUUAUAUUUAUACAUAUGUGAAAUAAAUAUACUAUCAAAAGGUUAUAUUUUAUACAAAAAGUAAAUGGUUACCUUUUGUAUGCUAAUAUUCGAAGUUUUGUAUAAUAUGAUGGUUUAUUUUUAGCUCUACACUUCACAGGUGGCCAAGUGGGAACUUUUGAAAAUUAUCAAGAAGCUUAUUAGAUAAAUUUAUAUUCUGAAACCUCAGUGAGAAAGCAUUCCAGGUUUCAAACCUUUCUUUUUUUUUUUCUGCUCUCAAAUUCUUUUUUAAACCCCCAGAUCUUGUGUCUUGUUUGAUUAUUCUGCUGUGCACAUUGUAUCAGUCCUUGUUGCAUGUGGUCUACUGUGUGUUUCCCCAUUUUAUGAAACAGUAUUUCUCCAUGCAAAAAGAAAGGAAAAAAGAAUGUACAUAUGAACACCUUUAUUUUAUGGCUCCUCCAUGUUAUUGUAUAUAUCUGCCAGCACUUCCCAGUUACACUCCUGUGAUUCAGCUAAUUUUUUACCCUAACAUAAAUAGUUUGUUUUGUAGUAGUAAUCAAAUUUAAUAGAGAUAAAGCAAUCAGAAUGUUUGGAAUUUCUUUUAUCUUAAUGUGAAUUUCAUAAGUAAUGUCUAUUUAUUCAGCUAUUCAUUAAAAUACAGGAUCUUUGGAAAAAUGGUAGUCUAUAGUUUCUGUUUGUUGGCAGCCUAAUACCAAAGAUGAUGUAAUUUUCCUGAAAGCUGAGAUAAUGACAAUUUGAUAGACAUAUUUUAGCUAAAACCGCAAGGUUUACAACUGAAGAGCUAUUGGAAUACAUUCUCCCAUUUAUAAAAAUACCAGACUACUUAAUCAUUGGCAUUGUUUAUCAUCCUGACAUAUUAUACGGGAGAUUUAAGUAAUUUUUCUUUUUGUUUUGUUUUAUUUUAAUUCAAAGACUAGGAAGCAAUUUAAGCAAAUAAUUCAUUUUUGGCUUUGUUUUAAGCCUAAUGAAGAUAAAUAACUCCGCUCCACGUGAAUGCACUAAUAUUAUUUGCAUUACUGUAACUGUACCCAUAACUGUAAAGAUUUCAACUUGUAAAACAAGUAUUUUGUAUUGUGUGUAUUUCCAUGUGUUAAAAAAAAUAGUUAAAAAAA